UUUUGCGCUGCCGUACGCCGCACAGCACAGCAGCUCGGGAGGUGAAAGAAAGGGAGAUGGCUGCCUGGCUUCAGGUCGCAAGCGUGGAAACACCAGACUCUUCCGUCUGCUUGGUCGUGGGCACGGUUCACUCUAGGUUUCUGUUUAACGUGGGGGAAGGGACCCAGCGUCUUUGCAUGGAACACGGCAUCCGGCUCGCCAAGGCUGAGCAUGCGUUCUUCACCAACCUCACCUCGGACACCUUGGGAGGCGUGCCUGGUAUGGUCUUAACCCUCGCCGACAUCAGGAACGGGCAAGUGCCGACCGCGGGCAAGGCGGGGAGAGGGGCUAGCGGCGGCGAGGGAGCAGAAGACGCAGAGGAGGGAGAGGUCGGCGGCAGCAGCAGCAGCAGCAGCAGCAGCAGCAGCAGCAGCAGCAGCAGCAGCAAGCGGCCGGCGUUCACCCUGCACGGCCCGCCGGGACUGUCGGAGUUCUACCACGCCACGAGGCAUUUCAUUCAUCGCGCGGACUUCCCGGUUGGGUUUGAGGCCGUCGAGGAGGAGACCACUUUCCGACACAGCGAGAUGAGCAUACGCCAGAUCCCGAUCAAGCGACAACAAAACCGAUGUCCCUCUUCAGCGGCAAACACUGUCGAGCAACACCAUCCCCGCCCUUCCAACAAGCGUCCCAGAGAAGAAGAAGGAGAAGAGAAUGGGGACGGUCCAUCAACCGUGGUGGGCGGUGCAUCGCCGCGAGAAGAGAGGAGCGGCGAUGAGGGAGAGGGUGGGGUGGGGUGCGUGUGCUACAUCUGCGACCCCCCCGCGCUGCCAGGGAAGUUCGAUGUGCCCAAGGCGAAGGCGCUUAACGUUCCCCACGGUCCUUUGUUCGGGGAGUUACAGAGGGGCAAUGACGUUACGCUUGAGGAUGGUACUGUCAUCAAACCCUUUCAGGUCCUCGGUCCGGCCAAGACUGGCGCGGCGGUAGUCAUCGUCGACUGCCCAUCCCCGGACCUCCUGCCGUCCCUCGUGUCCAACCCCGCUUGGGAACGGCUCUACAACUCGGGACCAGACAGCACCCCCACCGUCAGCGACAACGCCUCCGCCAAAGGUGGCGGCAAGGGUCGUAGACGUGGCGGUAACAACAAACCCUUCGAAAGCGCCCCGCUUUUUGUCCACGUGGCACCCGCCGAGGUGCUCCGGUCGCCGGAGUACGGGGAGUGGGCUAGGAGGUUCGGUCCCGAGGCGAAGCAUCUCGUGACUCGGCAGCCCUUCUGCUCGCCGCACACGAUUUUUCAGGCGGCGCACGACCAGGUGGUCAGGCUUAAUCAAGUCUGCGGGGCCGCCUUCCCGGUCCCCCGACAAUUCGUGGGGGGAGUUCCAUGGGAAAGCGACGGCGGUGGCGGUGGCGGAGAUGGGAGCGGCAGCGAGGACACAAGAAGUGGCGGCUUUGCCAGUGAAGGCGCGGGAAUCAUUCCGCCGGAGGUUAGGCGCAUCGGGCGCGAAGAGCUAGACUUCGGAGGCAAGGUGAUGGCCGCCGUUCCGCUCCUGAAGUUCGAGAUGCUGCCUACCGCCAAGAGGCCUCAGAUGGACGCCACGGAAGCGCUGACGUGGGAUCGGUCUCGCAACAACACUCAGACCUCUCUACGGCGACUGGAGAGCAUCCGCUCCGGCCCACGCUCACGCUCCCCCUCUCCCCGCCGCUCACGCUCAAAAUCACGCUCACCCUCGCGGUCAUCGGGCGGCGGCGGCGGCGGCGGCGGCGGCGACGGCCGCAAGACGGGACAGGCACCUGGCGCGUUCCUUCUCCCGGCGGGGGCGUCUAAUUCCGAGGUGGCCUUCCUCGGCACCGGGUCUGCGCUGCCGUCCAAGUACCGGAACGUGACCGGGAUGCUGGUCCGGCUGUCGCCGACGGACCCUGCGUCUCCGGCGGCGGGGGUGGUAGGGGUGUCGGACAUCGCCGAGGCGCGGGGAGGUCUCCGUGGCGGUGAUGGUAGUGGUAGCGGGGUUGGCAGCGGCGGCGGCGGCGGUGGAGCAGAGGCAGAGGGAAAAAACGCGGCUGCGUUCGGAGGAGACGGCAGCAUUCUACUGGACGCCGGGGAAGGAUCCAUGGGCCAGCUGUGGAGAAUGUACGGAGAUAGCUCGAGCAGCAGGGGGGGGGGGGGGGGGGGCGCCUGCCAUGCCGAGGAGGUCGCCGGGGAUAAGAACGCAGGGGUGCAGCAGAUCCUGCGGAACCUCUCCGCCGUGUGGAUCUCGCACCCGCACGCGGACCAUCACCUGGGUCUCGUCCGAAUUCUGUCCGAGCGGAAUAAGUUGAUGAGCGGAGGGGGCGGCGGCGGGGCGCCGAGAAGUGCGGGGUCGCUGGGAGGGGUGUCCGGCGGGGGGCCGCGGUUACCGAAGUUGUUACUCAUGGCACCGGCUCCGGUGGCGGCCUGGCUCAAGAUGUGUGUCACAACUUACUAUCGACUUCCAUCCGUAGCUCCCGAGUACUGCACUUUUGUUCUUGAUCGGCUAACAGCAAACCUUCCCCGAAUCCAACCCCACCUCCGGCUACCUACCGUCCCGUCCGUCCCAUCGAAGGAGUAUGGCGACGUUGACCCGACCGUGCGCGGCGGCUACGACUUCCUCGACGCGAGCCUCAUGCAGGCUGGGGACAACGCUCCCCGACCCCCGCCCCACAUCGCCGCGGCCGCCGCCCGCGCGCUGGCGAGGGCCGGCGUCCUGCGGGCCACUAGCGUCCGCGUCCGCCACUGCGCGCACGCCUACGCCCUCGUCCUCACGGUGGCGUCGACCGCUGCAAAGGCGGCGGCUGCGGCGGCGAGUGCGGUGUUCUCCGCUAGCCCUUCUGUUGCGGCCAACGCGGUGUUUGGCGGUCGCNGGGGGGGGGGGGGGGUCGCGGACAGCCAAGCAAGACAAGGGGGGGAUGACGGCAGCGGGGUUCCGGGGGAGGGGGCGGGGAAGGACUGGAAGCUGGUCUACAGCGGGGACUGUCGGCCGAGCGAGCCCCUGGUCAGGGAGGGGAAGGGGGCGGCGGUGCUGAUCCACGAGGCUACGUUCGAUGAGACCAAGCAGCAGGAGGCGUUCGACAAGCGGCACUGCACGAUGCAGGAGGCCCUGACCGUAGGGCAGCGCAUGGGAGCAAAAAGGGUCAUCUUGACGCACUUUAGCCAGCGUUACCCGCACAUGCCUUCCUCCCUUGCGGGGGGACUGGGCACCAACGUCUGCCUGGCGUUCGAUAACAUGCGUGUUCGCAUCGCGGACCUGGGCUGGCUCCCUCGGAGUUUCGCCGACAUCAACUCCGCGGUUACCCCGGAUGCUGAAGAACAUCAUCCGCAGCAGAAGCAGAAGCAGAAGCAGCAGCAGCGGCAGAAGCAGCAGCGGUAGCAGCAGCAGCGCCCGCGCAAAGGGGCCUCCGGAGGUGAAAAUGGACCGGAAUACUUUCAAUUGUUUGUUGCGCUUGUUCGUGAUGUCAGUGGUAGUGUAGCUGAAAUAGAGAGCACCACUUGCUGAGGAUUCGGUGUGUGAUGGAGGGACAAGAUUCCUCGAAGAAGGGCUGGAGGGUGUGUGCAACGUGCUGGAGACCACACUAGGAUUAGCCCACAGUUAGGCAUACCCGAGGGAGAACAUUUGCCGCGGAAUCUCAGCACACACACAGGACUGAUCAACUCCCUACGAUCCAGCUCAAAGCUAUUUCGAAGGGCGCGUCCCUUGCGAUCGGUAGAUAGGACAUGAGUGAUCUUUGUGUGGUAUUUGCACUAAGGUGAUGUGAAGGACGUCGUUGAUAGGAGUGUGUUCCAUGGUGAUCUGUACCACGUAGGUGACCUAGCUCAUGAUAUGUCCUGUGUAUGUGGAAUCUAGUACAAUACCGUUUACACGUCGACAUGGUCAACUCUUUUGUUCUUGCGUGACACUCACAGAAAACAUACGCAUUCGCUGAGUAUGGUCCCGAGGGUGGGGU